GCGCGGUCCUGGCCAACAGGCUGUCCGAGGUGCCGCACUGGAACAUCCUGCUGCUCGAGGCGGGCGGCCACGAGACGGAGAUCUCGGACGUGCCCGUGCUGUCGCUGUACCUGCACAAGAGCAAGCUGGACUGGAAGUACCGGCCGCAGGCGCAGGAGACGGCCUGCCAGGCCAUGAUCGACAAACGCUGCUGCUGGACCAAGGGCAAGGUGAUCGGCGGCUCCUCCGUACUCAACACCAUGCUCUACAUUCGAGGCAACAAGCGCGACUACAACCAGUGGGCCAGCAUGGGCAACUACGGCUGGUCCUUCGACGAGGUGCUCCCCUACUUCAAGAAGAGCCAGGACCAGCGGAACCCGUACCUGGCCAAGUCGCCGUACCACGGCACCGGCGGCUACCUCACCGUCCAGGACAGCCCCUUCAACACGCCCCUCGGCGUGGCCUUCGUGCAGGCCGGCGAGGAGCUCGGGUACGACAUCACGGACGUCAACGGCGAGCAGCAGACGGGCUUCGCGUUCUACCAGUACACGAUGCGGCGCGGCUACCGCUGCUCCACGGCCAAGGCGUUCCUGCGGCCCGUGCGCCUGCGCCGCAACCUGCACGUGGCGCUCUGGGCGCACGCCACCAAGGUCCUCAUCGAGCCCAACACCAAGCGCGCGUACGGCGUCGAGUUCAUCCGGGACGGCGUCAAGAGGGUGGCGCUGGCGCGCCGCGAGGUCAUCGUGUCGUCGGGCGCCGUCGCGUCGCCGCAGCUGCUCCUGCUGUCGGGCGUUGGAGACGCGCAACACCUCCAGGAGGUGGGUGUCCCACUGGUGCACCACCUGCCCGGCGUGGGGCAGAACCUGCAGGACCACAUCGCGGCCGCCGGGCUCACCUUCCAGGUCGACUACCCCGUGUCGCUGGUCAUGAACAGGCUGGUGAACAUCAACUCAGCGCUCAGGUACGCCAUCCUGGGUGACGGGCCGCUCACGUCCAGCGUGGGUCUGGAGGCUGUCGGCUUCUUCACCACCAAGUACGGCAACCAGACCGACGACUGGCCCGACAUCGAGUUCAUGUUGGUGUCCACGUCAGCCACCACGGACGGCGGCACGCAGGUCAAGAAGGCCCACGGGCUGACGGACGCGUUCUACAACGACUACUUCGCCCCGCUCAACAACAAGGACGUCUUCAGCGUCUGGCCCAUGAUCCUGCGACCCAAGAGCCGCGGCUACAUCAAGCUGCGCAACAACGACCCGCUCAGGUACCCGCUCAUGGUGCACAACUACCUCACCCACCCGGACGACAUCCGCGUCAUGCGCGAGGGCGUGAAGCAGGCCAUCGCGCUGGGCGAGACCGCGGCCCUCAAACGCUUCGGGGCGCGCUUCUGGCGCAAGCUGGCGCCCGGCUGCAAGCACCUGCCCUUCUACACGGACGAGUACUGGGAGUGCUACGUGCGCCAGUACACGCUCACCAUCUACCACCUGUCCGGCACCUGCAAGAUGGGCCCCGCCUCCGACCCGGCCGCCGUCGUGGACCCCGAGCUGCGCGUGCACGGCAUCAAGGGGCUCCGGGUGAUAGACGCGUCCAUCAUGCCGAGGGUCACGUCGGGCAACAUCAACGCGCCCACCAUCAUGGUGGCCGAGAAGGGCGCCGACAUGAUCAAGGCCCUGUGGCGCGACAGCCGCAGGCGCCGGCGGAGGCGGUCCGUCAGCUUCGACUCGGAGCACUGCACCAACUGCACCAUCUUUGACCUCUGAGUCGUCGGCACCUGACACUCGUAGAAGUUCCUCAUCGCGCACGUGCGUCGGUGAAAGCCCACGUGCGCCCGUGCACGUGUGCGUUUGAGCGUGCAUGUGUGUGUGGGCGUGUGCACGCGCGUGCGCGCCCGCAUGCCGAGGCACGCGCCAGGCCCUGCCAAUGACACUCUCAGCUUGUGAUAUGUAGGAUGGGCGGGGUCGCGCCCCGCGCAGACAGAAUGUGUUGUUCCACACAUCCCCGCGACUAACCGAGGCUAGUCACUCAUCGAAUUUGUGCGACGGGAGAGACUGGGUGGUUACUUUGUUCCUUCUACGUGACUCGCACAUCCGAAGAGAAGCCCCCUGGCUUGCUUCGUCGAGCGCCUUUGUUGCAGGUCAACAUGUCGUUAUCAGUUAUAUUGUUGCAAUUGUAUUGUAAGGUUAAAACGUCGGCUUCGAUGUCAAUGUUGUUUAGUUUUCCCAAGUUUUUCGAUUAAGAAAUAAGUUUAAAAGGACCUAAUCUACCUCGUUUUCAUAGCAGGUACUUGAUGAAAAUGCUUCAUAAUCAAAACGGCUUUCAUUCUUCUAUUUUAAUUUGUGUCUAGUUUAAUGUACUUUUAUACGUUGAUAAUUCAAUUAAUUUUAAAAUGUUCAUCAUUUUGUCGUACACGAGAUUGCCGAAAUGCCUAUGUGGACCAAAAGGGCCGUGUUUGUAGGGUUACCAUAUUUUUGCUCAAAUCGUCAUCGCAAUACCACAAAUGUAUAUUGUUCAUUGCAUUUAAUAUGUUACAUCAUGUGUCAUUAGAUAAUAGGUCGUUAUUUUCUAAGUACUGAUAUCCGGUUACGUGUUUAAAGAUAAUUAAAUGUUAUUUAUUAUGUUUUGAAAACAAAA